CAACAACUCAAAUCAACAAUGGUGUUCUCGGUUCCGAAUGGAACUCCCUCAGGCAAGCCAGUCGAGGUCUCAUUCCCACUUCCACGAGCUCCUCAAGCACACAUCCACCUUCAACUCACUAACAGCCGUACCUCCCUUUUGAUAUUCCUGAGCACCUCUUCGACCGAGUCGCGGACUGCGGCAUCGCUCGGAAGCUUUGUGUAUGCUAUGCCCAAUCUAGCGAGCCCUUCGAAUCCUUACAGCACGCCGCUCUACACCCAGAGCGCGACGCUGGACUUUACCACACGACUAGCGAAAGUUUUGGCGAGGAAAGCCAAUAAACCUGUAUAUGUAGGCAACUCAAUCAGCUUUGCGAGCGCUGGCAUGGGGGGAACGGUGGAGGAAGAGAUGGAGGGCUUUCGGAGGUGUGUCGAGGUUGUGACAGGCCUGUUGGAGACGCGACAAGGUGGGGAGCUUGGCCAAUCUGGAGUUUGAGCACAUGGUCACGGGAUCAGGCGACGCGACCGUGUCAGCCCUGGAGUGCUACUGUAGUUUUCAUGAGCGUGGUUCCCACUCUCUUUUCCUCAUUGCCUCAUCCCCACUACCAUGUCAAACGAAACACGGAAUCGAGCGAUCCCCCUUCCAUGCUGCAUUAUCGCGUCUCACAGACCUGUCC